ACCAUUAAAAUGAUACCAUUGUUUCACUUUGAUCUAACACUCGCAGUGAAGCUAUAAACAACAAACAUUUCAUCUAAUGGAUAAACCGCCUUCAGGUUUUGUGCAUCAGAAUAUUUGGUCGCUUGGUGUCAGUAAGAUAUUGGAAAUAUGAGGUGUUCAUUAUUUCGUUGUGGUCCCACCCCUCCAGGUCAUGUUCUCGUCAGUGUUCUGUCUUUUUCUUCUUGGUCGUAUUAUGAACACAGUGAUAGCAGAGGGUUUCCAAACAGAAGCAAACGGCAUGUGUACAUUUAGAAAAGUCGGUAUUGUUACCAAGUCAAAAAUGUUUCGUUCGUAAUGGAUUGCCGAUGACUUCAGAAAUCAGGAUGGAACAAAGAGGAUACAAGCAGCGGCAGGAGCAGGGAUAUUUAAUUGGAUUCGUGCUUGGUGUGCUUUUAUGGAGUGUAGCCUCAGCGCAACUGCGUUACUCGGUCUUCGAGGAGGUAAAGGAAGGCACUGUGGUUGGAAACAUAGCAAAGGAUCUGGGGAUAGACAAAAGCAUAUUGAAAGACAGGAAGUAUCGGAUUGUAUCAGGUGAUGUGGAUCCGCUCUUUAACGUGAAUCAAAACGAUGGAAUCCUUUAUGUGAACCGGAAAAUUGACAAAGAGGAGGUGUGCGCCCAUAACAGUCGGUGUGUUAUGAAUGUUAAAACUGUGCUAGAGAACCCACUAGAGGUCCAUUAUGUAGAAGUGGAAAUCUUGGAUAUAAAUGAUCAUUCGCCUGUUUUCUCGGACAAGGACAUUAUUUUAGAGAUUUCAGAGUCAGCUCUGCCUGGAGCACGAUUUCAGCUGAAACCGGCACAGGAUCCGGACAGCGGUCAGUUCUCCGUUCAGCAAUAUAAACUUAGUCAAAAUGAUCAUUUUCGAUUGGAAAUUAAGGAUAAAAGAAACGAUAUUAAAAUACCAAUAUUGGUUGUUCAAAAAUCUUUAGACAGAGAAAUUGCACGGAGCCACACGUUGAUAUUGACAGCUCUAGAUGAAGGUAAACCUCCAAAAACUGGUAAUAUGAACAUAAUAAUACAUGUUCUUGACAUUAACGAUAACCCGCCUGUUUUCUCAGAGAAGGAGUAUACUGUGACACUUAAUGAAAACGCUCAACUAGGAACAACUGUCAUAAAGGUGAACGCAACUGAUUUAGAUCAGGGAUCAAACGGAGAUGUGCUUUAUUCAUUUAGUAACAGCGUGAGCCCAAAUUUACUGAAUCGAUUUGAGAUUAAUUCAUUAACAGGUGAUAUAACUGUAAAAGGUGUGAUAGACUACGAAGAUAAAGACGAAUAUGAAAUAGAAAUCCAGGCGUCUGAUAAAGGUUUUGCUCCUCUGACAACAGAAAAAAGCGUGAUUAUCAAGAUUAUUGACAUGAACGAUAAUGCACCGGAAAUUGAAGUUACUUCAUUUUCCAGUUCAAUUCCUGAAGACUCCCGACCAGGAACAACAGUCGCGCUUAUAAGUGUGAAUGACUUAGACUCCGGGCUAAAUGGAAAAGUGAUCUGCACUAUAAAGGAGCACGUUCCGUUUAAUUUAUUACCAGCUUUAAAAGAUAAAACGUUUUCUUUGGUAACUAGAUCUUCUUUGGACAGAGAGAAAAAAUCAUAUUAUGAUCUCAUAAUUACUGCAAAAGAUGCAGGGCAGCCUCAAUUGUCAUCGUUAAAGACAGUCAGCGUUGUGGUGUCUGAUGUAAAUGACAACAAUCCAGAGUUUUUACUGAGCCCGUAUACUUUUUAUGUAACUGAGGGUAACGAAGCAGGCUCUUUGAUGUUUUCUGUUAAAGCUACUGAUCGUGAUGAAAAUGAGAACGCACGUAUUUCCUAUCAAAUUGUCAGGGAGGGAAGUGAAGAUCAUAAAUUGAACUCGUUUCUAAACAUAAACUCUGAAAUCGGGGACAUUGUGGCGCUGAAGAGUUUCGACUUUGAAACUCUGAAAACUUUCCAGUUCCAAGUUGUCGCCUCAGAUUCUGGGUCUCCGUCACUGAGCAGCAACGUCACAGUGAACGUGUUCAUUCUGGAUCAGAACGACAACGCUCCAGUCAUCCUGUAUCCAGUCAGCUCCAAUGGUUCUGCUGAAGGUGUGGAGGAGAUUCCCCGCAAUGUGAACGCAGGACACUUGGUGACUAAAGUCAGAGCCUAUGACGCUGAUAUAGGAUAUAACGGCUGGUUGCUGUUUUCACUGCAGGAAGUUACUGACCACAGUCUCUUUGGUUUGGACCGCUACACAGGACAGAUCAGAACACUUCGCUCAUUCACAGAGACAGACGAGGCUGAGCAUAAACUGGUCAUACUGGUCAAAGACAAUGGCAACGUUUCCCUCUCAGCAACAGCUACUGUGAUUGUCAAACUGGUGGAGCCCAAAGAGGCUUUUGCAGCUUCUGAUGUUAAAAGUGCAGCAAAGGAUGAUGAGGAUAAUAAUGUGACUUUUUACCUGAUGAUCACUUUGGGCUCAGUUUCAGUUCUGUUUAUCAUCAGUAUCAUCGUGCUGAUUGCAAUGCAGUGCUCCAGAUCCACAGACUAUACUUCUAAAUAUAUCCCAGAGACUAAUUAUGAUGGGACACUGUGUCACAGCAUCCAGUACAGAUCUGGAGACAAACAGUACAUGUUAGUUGGACCCAGGAUGAGUAUAGGAUCUACUAUAGUACCUGGAAGUCAUGCAAACACACUGGUGCUACCCGACCGGAGGAGGGCGUCUCAAGAGGUAAGAAGAUGUUAAGUCAUGUAUUCAAAAUGUGAAACAAGAUUCAUAUUAUUAACACCCCCCCCCCACACACACACACACACACAAAGACAAACAAAGCAAAGCAAAACAAAACAAACAAAAAAAAACACUCCUUACUUUGUAGUCAGUUCUCAAUUCGCAGUCUGUAAUGAACACAUUGUUUGUUGUUACAGUUUUUUACAGAUA